UUUCAAAACUACUCGGCCAUUCCCCCCACUUUUUAUUUUAAUAGAAAAGCAAUUAAUAAUAAUUAAUUUAAAACCCUAAAUAAAUAGCAGUAGUCUGCUUUUGAGUCAAGUCGCGGUAGCAGCAGUCAUCGCUAAUCACUCAGGUAAAGACUGGAGUCAAGAGCAACCAUGCAUUCUCAACAUUGCUAAUUGUUGCUGCCUGAAUUGAGUGGAUUCCGACAGAAAGAGAUUCAUUUUCAACUAUUUCAUGGAUUCUGGGAAUUCAAAUGGGGAUUUUCGUAGGAGACUCAGUCCUAGACUCCAUACCAAUGUUGAAUCUCAUGAUGCUGGUGGUUCGUCAAGAUCCCGUCCCCGAAUUCUUAAUAACUCUCCACUUACUCAAAUUGAUUCAUCUCCUGUCCAACCAAAGCUUAACCCUAAAUCUCCCCAAUUUCAUACCCCCAACAGUUUUCAAAGAAGGAUGAGCCCUAGGCUUCAUGGGGAAAAAGACACCGUUUCUCUUGAGGUUAGCCCCGAUGUGCAUGUCAUUUCUGUGCAUCAAGCUCAGACAAGGCUUAGCCCCAGGCUUCACCCCAAAACACUCACCAAUACCAAUCAAAGGAGGAUAAGCCCUAGAAUUCACAAUGACCAAAUGCCGAUGAUGUCGAUGAGAUUAAGCCCUACAAAUCACUGUGAGAAUGACAAUGAGAACAAGACUCUGCCAACGACUUCAAUGCAAAGGAGAUUAAGCCCUAGACUUCAUAUUCAGCAAAAUCAGAAUACUCAACCGGAGACUCCUGUUGGUGAUAAGAGAUCACUUAAUGUUUCUCCUGCUAAUAACAACACAUUGAAUGGUAAGAGAAGUAAACAUGAUCACAAGGACGAUAAAUGUAAAAAGGACUUUGAAUAUUCAUUUGUGAAUGGGAUAACUGGUGCUUCUAAUGGAGAAGCACCUCAUCAGUUUAAUAUGGCGUUAAAGGCUUUGGCUAAUGAAGCAAAGAAACAAGAUACUUCUCCUGAUGUUGCUGGAAGAAGUGAUCAUGCAAGGGUAAAAGAGACAUUGAGAAUCUUUAAUACAUACUACCUUCAAUGUGUCCAGGAGGAACAUGAGAGGUGCAAGCAAAGUAAGGCUGACAAGGAGAAGAUAAAUAAAACUUCGACAUCUAAGACGAAAGAUGUUAAGGGGACUUCUAGUCGACCUGAUCUCAAGGCUUUAAAGAAGAUGAGACUGAAGAAGGAAAUAUUGAAUCCUGAGAAAACAAUUGGUCCCCUUCCUGGGAUUGAUGUGGGGUAUCAAUUUUAUUCUCGUGCUGAGAUGGUUGCUGUUGGUUUUCAUGGCCAUUGGCUGAAUGGAAUUGAUUAUAUUGGAAAGAGUAAAGGAGAAAAGGUACAUAAAAACUAUGAAUUGCCGAUUGCUGUAGCAGUGGUAAUGUCUGGCCAGUAUGAGGAUAAUUUGGAUAAUGCGGACGACAUCAUUUAUACUGGUGAGGGUGGGAAUGACUUGCUUGGUAAUAAACUACAAUGUCAGGAUCAAGUCUUGGUUCGAGGUAAUCUUGCAUUGAAGAAUUGCAAGGAUCAAUCUGUUCCCAUUAGAGUUAUCCGUGGGCGUAAAAAAGAUGACAGUUACUCUGGAAAAAUUUACUCGUAUGAUGGAUUGUACAAGGUUGCUGAUACUUGGGCCGAUAAAGGAUGUAGAGGACAUGUUGUUUAUAAGUACCGUUUGGAACGGCUUAAAGGACAACCAAAGCUGACUGCAAAUCAGGUUCAAUUUGUUCGAGGAUGUCCACUUAAGAUUGAUUCAAAAUUGCCAGGGUUGGUCUGCGAAGAUUUAAGCAACGGCAUGGAAGAUAAUUGCAUUCCUGUUACGAAUUUAGUUGAUGUCCCCCCUGUUUGCCCCCCAGAAUUUACGUAUAUCAAGUCCAUGGAAGUUACAAAAAGUGUGAAGCUGCCUCCAAACUCUACUGGAUGCUCAUGUAAGGGGAGUUGCACAAACCACAAAACUUGUGCUUGUGCAAAACUUAACGGAAAAGAUUUCCCAUAUGUUCGUCGUGAUGGUGGGAGGUUAAUUGAAGCCAAGGAUGUUGUCUUUGAAUGUGGACCAAACUGUGGAUGCGGCCCUGGGUGCCUUAACCGCACAUCUCAAAGGAAAAUGAAAUACCGUCUCGAGGUUUACCGCACACCUGACAAGGGAUGGGCUGUUAGGUCAUGGGACUAUAUUCCUUCAGGUGCGCCAGUUUGUGAAUACAUUGGGGUGCUAAGAAGAAGUGAUGAACUUGAUAACAUUUCUGGAAAUGAGUCAAAUGAAUACAUCUUUGAAAUCGAUUGUUUGCACACCAUAAAUGAGAUAGAAGGAAGAGAGAGACGCAUGGGAAAUGUACAGGUGUCUUCUGCAAUUGGUAUACCAAAAAUUGAUAAGAAGACAUUAGAUGGUACACCGGAAUUUUGCAUUGAUGCAGGGUCCAGAGGAAACGUUGCUAGAUUUAUGAAUCACAGUUGUGACCCUAAUUUGUUUGUGCAAUGUAUUUUGAGCGCACACCAUGACCUACGAUUAGCUCGAAUAGUGUUUAUUGCAGCAGACAACAUACCACCUAUGCAGGAGCUAACAUACGAUUAUGGGUAUGCACUAAACAGUGUUAUAGGCGCUGACGGAAAAAUUAAAGUACUGCCAUGUUUCUGCGGUACAGAAGAAUGUCGUAAGCGUUUGUAUUAGUUUACUCCAGCAUAGUUACUCGUGGUAGUUACCUGAUUCUGAUUCGGAUUCUGAUUCUGAUUCUGGUGCAAAAGUUCGUUUACCUUCUUGCACAACUGCAAGUUAAUUGCCCCAUUUUAUUAAUUCAAUUGUUGCUCUUCAGCAGACUCAGACGAAGUAAUAUUUACGUUGUACAUCAAUUUUUAAUAUUGUAGUCAGUUCGUAUCAAAUAAAGGGUAUUUUCUGGAAUA